AAAAGAAAAGAAAAUACAUAGGAAAAAUUAUUUGGUCGUGGCCUCGCGGGGGAAGGAGUUCCAGUUUACCACUAAACCCACGACGAUACACCAUUCCCCGCAGCCGCCGGCGUAACUUAGGGCCGGGGUUUUUGCUUUCAGUAUACUAUUCGCAUUUGACAAUCACUGCAACCCUCAAAUCUCUGCAGCAGCAAUGGCGUCGCCGCAUUCUUCACUCGACCAACUCCCGCCAUCGUCUCCCCAACAAGCCCCUAACCCUACUCCCGCUCCAAUCUCCGCCGCCGCCGAAGAAACCGUUCCUGAAACCGCCGAGAAAACCGUCGAUCCUUCGCCAGAAUCCGACUCCACCGGCGCCAAGCGCAAGCGAGACGAAGAAAACCCAGAGCCCGAAACGAAGCCCGACCCGUCAUCCCAACCCUGGUACAAAACCUCCCUCUGUUCCUACUUCAGGCGGAACUCGGGCUCCUGCGCCCACGGCAGCACUUGCCGGUACGCUCACAGCGAGGGAGAGCUCCGUCCGCGGCCUGAUAAUUCCUGGGACCCGACCUCCGAGCGCGCCAAGAAGGCGUUGAAAUUGGAAAAGGAAGGCGAUGAUGCGGGGAAGGAAGAAGAGGAGGAGGAGGAGGAGGAGAAAGAGGAUGAAAUCAUGAUGACUGAUAUGAUUGCUGAUGAAGGCGAUGCCAAUGGAGGUUGUUUGGAUGUCGAGCUGAGCAAAUGCCUCGUGCAUUUGCCUAGGAGGUGGACCACUGAUAACUUGAAGAAGUUUCUCAGUGAAAGUGGCGUUUCGUUCAAAUUGGCGAAGAAGAAGAAAGGCAUGACUGUGGGGUUUGUGACUUUUGAGAAUUUGGAGCAACUGGCAGCUGCAGUGCCGGAGUUAGAGGAGAAAUCUGUUGGCAACAAGAAGAUAAAGGUAGCGAAUGUCCUUCCUCGAUCGUACGACAAGAACAUUAAGACUGCGAUGGAUGAGGGAGAGAAUGCUGCUGUGUCUAAAUCUUCAGAUGGUACUGCUACAGCGGAUGGUGAAAGUUUAGGUGUGGAUGAUGGUUCGAACUCCAAGGCGAAAUGUGCUCGGGAUGCUGUGACUCCCCUUGCUCAUAUGUCUUAUGGAGACCAGUUGGAGCAGAAGAAGAAGUCUGUUGCUCAGAUGUUGAUAAAGCUUACUAGAAACACACGAAAAGCAUGUCCUACUGGGGUUUCUCUACCUGAAUGGAUUUUGAAAGCAAGGGAAAUAGGUAAUCUCCCAUGCAAACUAGAGGGCAUACUUGAGUCACCACUGGUCAAUGGAUAUCGGAACAAGUGCGAGUUCUCAGUGGGGCAUUCUCUUGGAGGAAAACCUACUGUAGGGUUUAUGCUGGGAAAUUUCAGGGCGGGUGUGACAGCAGUAGACGAACCAGUGGAUUGCCCAAACGUUUCUAGUAUUGCUUUAAAGUAUGCUUUGAUCUUUCAAGAGUUCUUGCAACAGUCGAGUUUGCCUAUGUGGAACAGAUUUAAGAACACUGGUUUCUGGCGUCAGCUCACUGUCCGAGAAGGUAGACUACCAGGAAAGCCAACUAAUACCGAACACCCAGAGGCAAACAUAUCGGAGGUUAUGCUUAUGGUUCAGGUAUCCACUAAGGGUUUCGAUGAUGCAAUCGUAACCAGUGAGCUUGAGAGAUUGACACUUUCAUUUACCAAUGGAGCUGCAGCAAAUUCUCCUCCUUUGCCUUUAACAGCUUUGGUUCUUCAGGAUCAUCAAGGAAUAUCAAAUGUUGCACCAUCUGAUGCCCCACUGCGAAUGCUGCGUUCUACUAAUGCAGAAAAUGGUACUUCGGCGGUCGACAAGGCUGAUAAUACUGCAGAACCCAGAAUUCAUGACUAUAUAAGUAACCUUCGGUUCUCUAUAUCACCAACUGCAUUUUUCCAGGUCAACACCCUUGCUGCAGAGAAACUAUAUGCACUUGCUGGCGAUUGGGCUGAUUUGGGUCCAGAUACACUGUUAUUUGAUGUAUGCUGUGGUACCGGAACCAUUGGCCUAACUUUAGCACACCGUGUUGGCAUGGUUGUCGGGAUUGAGAUGAAUGCUUCAGCCGUUUCAGAUGCUAAUCGAAAUGCUGAACUCAACGGCAUAAAGAACUGUAGAUUCGUUGCUGGGAAGGCAGAACAUGUCAUUGGUUCUCUGUUACAAGAAUACCUGAUUGUGCCCGAGAAGAAAGAAGAUGAAUUACCAAAUUCUUCUGAAACAACUGACAAAGCCGUUACUACUUCUGAUGGGAACGAGGAUGGUGUUGAUGAGAAGAAUCCCAGAGUCGAGCUUGUUGACAGCUUAGAUGCUACUAAGGAUUCUGAAAAUGGUAAAGAAGUUGAAGGCCAACCUCAGAGCAGUUGCUCUGCAGUAGAAGAUGGGACCUCUUCUUCAACUACGCAAUUCAAAAACGUUGUUGCCAUUGUUGAUCCUCCUCGCAAUGGACUCCAUCCAAUUGUUAUCAAAGCACUGAGGACUCAUUCAGGCCUGCGACGUCUCGUUUACAUUUCCUGCAAUCCCGAGACACUAGUGGCGAAUGCAAUCGAGCUGUGCACACCAUCCCCCGAGACAGUCGAGAAAGGGAAUAAGAACAACCGUGCCUGGAGGAACAUGAGCAGCGCAGGACUGGCACGCCACAGAGCCAAGUCGAUGCCCAUCUCCGAACCUUUUCGACCAGUUAAAGCCAUGGCUGUUGACCUCUUCCCUCACACUCCACACUGUGAACUGGUGAUGCUCCUCGAGAGGGUUUUGAAUGAAACAUACAUCCUUUUUCAGCCUAAGUAUUAACUCCACCGAAUGAAACGCGGCGUGUGUGUGGCCUAUGGGUUGACUGUUCUUGGAAUUCGAUUCGGUUACUAUACAGACAACGCCUAUCAUAACUAUGGGGCCCGGCAACGUAUGAACCCAUGUUGUAGGAAUGUUUGUAAGAAUGCCAUCCACGUCGUCUUUCCAACAAUUGAGCUCGUCGAAAGGUGUGAGUUUAUGCAUAUUUGUCUCCCUUCAUCAUCGACAUGGUAAAGAGGAGUAAAACAUUAAAGUAAUUUUUCAACUCCACUGAAUGAGACGAGGUGCGUUGUGGAUAAGAUCGUCGUUAGUAAUUUGAUUUGGUUACCGUACAUGCAACGCCUAUAAGUCUGAUGACUCGAUACAUUGUUUGAAUCCACAUUAUGAGUCUAUCGCACGUAAUAUCAAUCUAAGAGGAGUAAAAGAUGAAUGUUUCGAAUGAGGGGAAUAAAGCGACAGCUCUAAUUGCUCCACUAAUCAUCCACUUUCCCAAUAACAAUGGAAGUGGGAAAGGGUUCGGGUUUACUGAUAUCGAUCUCCCUUUUUGUGGUAGCAAAUAGGAAGUCGGCAGGGGUGGGAAAGAUUACUGGAUUAGGCCAUCGUUAGUGCAAUGUGGAGGUGGCAUAUCUUAAUGCAAUCUUGAUUAAUUAAUAAGCUAAUUAAUGAAAUGCUAAUCGAUAAUUAAUGGAGGUGGGGAGAAUACAAUGUAAUUAGACUGUGUCAUUAAGGAUGUUGGGCAUAGUCAAAGUCAAGUCAGAUUCAGUCAAGCACUGAAAUGGGUGGGAGGGUGGGAAUUGAAGGUUUGUACUUUGUAGUAAUUGGGUACAUGGGGAAUUUUAAUUGUUAGUUCAAAGGAGAGCUGAAAUGGUCAUAUUGGUUUGAUUUGAUUAGAGUUUGGGUGGGGGAAAUUGCAGUAUAAGUACUAAUGGAAUUUUGGAUCAACUGUGACUAACUACGACCUUUUGAUUAUACAUGAAUUCGUACAACCUCAUCAUUAUAAUACACUUUUUUCAUUUCAGUUCUCCUAUGCUACGAUGUGUGUUUGACUAAGGGGUCAUUUGAGGGAAAAGAUUUAGAAUAUGGAUUCUUUGAAUUGAUAGAUAUUUUUAAAAGAAAAUUAUGUUAUUUUGCUGUCUUUUGUAUCACGUAUUUUAGUUUUAGAGAUUCAGAAUAUCUAAAAUUGAGUAUCACAUCUCUCGUAAUCAGAGUGAUUCUAUUUCUUGGUUUAUGAUAUUUUUCUCCUUCUGCUUUUAUCCGUUCCCUUUUCAUUUAUCCCUCCAUAUUCACUUAUCAAUUUAAAUCUUAAUAUUUCUCGAAUCACUUGUAUUCUUUUAGUUAAGAAUAAAUAUCAUUUGGUAAAUAAUUAAAAUGAUUAUUUUAGAUUGAAUUUUAAUCGUCACGGUUACCAAACAAUGAAUAUUUUAAAAUAUUUUUUCAACGACCCAUAAAAUUAACUUUUUUUGAAUUGUUUACGAUUUAGAGAUUUAGAUGGCAAACCACUCUAAAAAUAAUUUUCAAAAUUUCACUGACAAAUUAUCAAAGACCAUUUUUUUUAUUUGUAAAAUAUAUGAAAUUAUAAUUACACGUAUUCAUUUGCUGGAAACUUUAUUUAAUUAUCCACCGCCCACGUUUCCUCUUUUAAGUUGCUCUUUAGUGGUUUGGAUUUUAGCCUACACAGCAAAACAAAUUAAUAACGACGUUGAGAGCUCAAAAUUAAUAAAGCAGGAAAUCAUUUUUAUUAUCUUCGUGGCAAAGGAAUUCUCUCAACUCAUACAAGUCGCAAUCAAAGAAGCAUCUAGCUAAGCUAUAUUAACAAUAAUCCUCUUUUUAAGAC